AUGCGUCUGAACUAUAGAAUCGAAUAGUUUUGCUCUCUUUUUGCUCUAAUUUGAACUAGCUAGGUAAGCUAACUUGGUGAUUUGUAAAUGGUGAAGAAUGACAGCCACGUAAACCAAUCAAAUAUAGUUUAGGAGCUCCCAUGGGAUUUUUAACCAAUAGGAUUAAAGAAAAGGCGGGGCAAGCAGGCCAACCUAGCUUGCUUUGUGAAAGUUCCACCGUAUUGUUUACAGCAGUGUCGUGGAUUUGUUUACGCAGCACAGCUGAUGGGGUAAUCUGGAAGAACGACGGACAGAAAAGAAAAAUGACGAGCAGAAACUAUGGGUCAGGCACUUUGGAGGCUUUCUCCCAGACAACAGCAGCAGCUUCAGGAAGAGCUGGCCGACCAACUUGCUGAAAGAGGAGGUGGAAAACAAGAGCAUGGCAGGGAUGGAGGUGCACAAAGAAGAACUGCCCAGCACUGCUACAGCCCCGAUAUUUACCAUCUGCUAAGAACUCGGAGAGGAGGUAAAGAGCAGUCUGGUUUUAUAGACCUGGAGAUGCUUCCACCUGAGCUUGGCAUCACCAUUCUCUCCUACCUGAAUGCUACUGAUCUGUGUCUGGCUGGCUGUGUCUGGCAGGACCUGGGGAACGACGAGUAUCUGUGGCAGGGGCUCUGCAAGUCCACAUGGGGACACUGCUCUAUCUACAACAAAAGACUGCGUGCAGGUUUUUCUUAUCGCAGACUCUACCUGCAACUAGAUGAAGGCAGCCUGACAUUCAACGCAAACCCACAAGAGGGUAUCAGUUAUUUCAUGUCUAAAGGUAUUCUAGUGGAUCAUCCAAAAGAGCUGGCAAAGUUCAUUUUUUACACCCGGCGUCUCAACUGGAAGAUGCUGAGGAUUUAUCUGGAUGAGAGGCGGGAUGUUUUGGAUGAAUUGGUGACCCUACAUAACUUCAGUAACCAGUUCCUUCCGAAUGCUCUGCGAGAAUUCUUCCGACACAUUCACGCCCCUGAGGAGCGAGGAGAGUAUCUAGAGACCUUGAUUACAAAGUUCAGUCACAGGUUCUGCACCUGCAACCCUGCUCUUGUACGUGACCUUGGCCUUAAUCCUGAUGCCGUUUACGUGCUGUGCUACAGUCUGAUCUUACUGUCCAUUGACCUCACCAGCCCGCACGUGAAGAACAAGAUGUCAAAGAGGGAGUUCAUCAGGAACACUCGCAGAGCUGCACAUAACGUCUCAGAGGACUUUGUAGGCCAUCUUUAUGAUAACAUUUACCUGAUUGGCCACGUGGCUGCGUAGCUCCACUUUCCAAUUUUCCCUGUAAAGCACUGAAGGAUAGGCAGUGGUAACUCAGCAACACAGCUGUGUGGAAAGCUGAGAAGAUGAUGAAAAUACAUUUUUAGCAUAUUUCAUGUACUACAACCUGUAAAGUUUACCUCGGGUUGUAAUAACUCAUAAAAGUUGCCACUCCACUGUGAAAGAAAGUGUGCUACUAAAUAGUAAUAGUGAUUUAAGCUUUUAAUUAAUUAUAAAGUUCCUUUUGACAAAGUAACUUUAAAACAGGAGGUUUUAGGAGGACAAGCUCUGAUAAUGCACUGAUUCACGAGAACGGUAAGAGGAAGAAUGAAGAUGAGAAGGAGCACUGAAGAAGCCACAGCAGUUUCUUGAAUUUCAUUUCUUUGAAAGAAGAAAUUGCAUCAAAAUGAUUCCAACUUUGUUUUAUUACACAGCUGACUGUGAUGACAUUUGAAGCAAAUUUUAAGAAGUGAACUGAUUUUGGUCACCAGUGUGGAAGUUUGACCCUGAAAUUUUCAUUGAAACAUCAGGCCUGCAUGGUUCUUUUUGACUUUUUUAACCAAAAUUUUCCUCCACUUCAACUUCAAACGUCAAAAUUUGUUUAUAAACUUGAAUUUGAGAAGCAUGAAGUUUUAAAGGCCCACUCCAAUCAUCUUUUGAUCUGUUGGACUCUUUUCAUUAUGAUUCUGCCAUUUUCUGUGAGAUGAACUGUCUGUGUUGUUUUUCUAGGACAUAGUUUCUGCAGAGCGGCAGUAGCUCAUUAGAAAUUCCCCUCUGAGUUGUGGGCGGGACUGUUGGUGCAGAGCAACCCCACCCCACUUCCCCUCCCCAUUGCUGAGAGAUCAAAGAAGGGAGCUUGUGGCCCGCCCCAGCAUACUUUCUACGUCACAUCUAAGCUCUCCAGCUGCUUUUUUUCGUUAGUUCCUGAUUCACAUUAAAUGAAGAUAUACUCUUUGUAUAUGUCUUCCAUCCAUCUGCAGAAAAUGCAACAAGAACAUGUUAAAAACACCAAAAACAUGGUUUUCAUUGGAGUGGGUCUUCAAAGAUUGAUUUCAAUUGCAACUUGGAGAUGUCCUUUCAAGUCUGCAGAAAUGCUUAACUUUCAAAAACAUGUUAAAAGAAUUUCUUUCCACAAGAAAUCUUUUUUCGGAUAUCAGUGGGCAGAAACAAACAUUUUUGCAAUUUUAGAAAAUGCUCUAAAAAUUAAGUUUGUACAACAGGUACAAAGUAGGUCAACUGCGUGAAUAAUGCUACACCACACCCAAGUUGCAGCAGGUUCAUACCGUCUGCAUGAAAAUCUUUUUUCCAAACAAAUCAAAUUAGCAACAAAAAAAUAGUCAAAUCUUCAGAAGCUAUAACUUUGCUAUUCUGAUUCGAAAACGUGAUCAUUACAUGAAGCUCUCACUCAGCAGACAUGUUUAGAAGUUGUGUACCAAACCACAUAAAAGUCCUAAACCUGCAUGUUUAAAGUGUUCAUUUCAUAUAUAUUGUUGUUUGAGUGACAGCCCAGCAAAACAUACAUAUCUAGUUUGAACAGUUGCUGUGUUACUUUUGUUAAACAACAAAUUAAGCAGAAAUGGAAUUUAAAAGAAGUUAAAUUCAGUAACUGUUAACAAAGGAGUUGUUAGGAUCUUCAGAAUUUCAUGUUCUAGAUUAGCUUAUCAUAUUUCUUCUAUUCCCACUUCAUGUACCCGGACUACUUCCUAUCAUGGAAUUCUAUGGCUUUGUUUUUGAAGUUAUUCCUGCCAUAAUGUUAUAUUCUAUCAUUAAUAUAAUUUAUUAUUACCAACACUAUGUUCUAUGCACCUGGCAUGGACUCUGAAGUUUUGUGCUCUUUGGAGAAAUGAUUGACAUAUAAAACUCCAGCUUGAAGUUCUAUUUAAUUGCUUACAAUGACGAGGUGCAGCCUUUGGAAAAAGGCUGAUUUUAUUUUUGACAUUAUGGCAUAAAAAGGAGAGGCUAUUUAUAAUAUGUCCAUCAUUUGUUUUAAAUAGAGUUUUGAAGCGUUGAAGACUCUUGAACUUUCAUUUGGAAGACAACACUACAUUUAGAAGAUGCAGAUCCCAACAACAUUGUACUAAUAAUCUUUACAGACAGAGGUUUUUUUUUUUUUUAGCUUAUUAGGAAAUUUGAAUUCAAAUUGGCUUUAACAAAGUAAUUUGACAAUGAAAGAAAGAUCACAAUCCCAAUGACUUAAAACAUUUAAAAUCCACAAAAUUAUUUCAUCUGUUGUCAUUUAAAAUGGUUUAGUCCUGCAAAGAUUUAGCAGAAAAGUUGUGUUCUGCCUUUUUUGUCUACUUUGUAAUCACGAGUGGAUAAUUCCAUAUCAUCUACCUACAGCAGUCGGAUGGACUAAUCAGAACACUCUGACCAUAUGCUUUGUUGGAAAGUUGUUCUUGUAUUGGGAAAAAUUAGGGAUGAUUCAAACACAUCUGAGUGGUUGGUAACGGAUUUUAGUCUGAACGCUGGAGGAACUAGUCUUUCCUAACUAGUUCAUGUGGGAACCACUGUCCUGCUGCUGCCGUAUUGGGGAAUGAAUGGUCUUUAAAGGGUCUAUACCAUGCUAUUCUUAAGCCUUUUAUUGUAAACAAUAUCCAUGUAUUAUUAUUUUUUAUCAAAUAUUACCGGUAGUUGUUUUCCUCAGCCUUUUUUUUAACCCGGAAGUCAGACGGCUCGAUCUCUGCGGCUCCGGCUUUCUCCUAGUGGAUUUCUGCAUUUCACCCAGGAAAACAAACAACAUCCAAACUUUUGCAAUGAUGAAUGUGCAUUUCUGCAUUUAAAAGGCAAGCAUUUAGCCAAACACAGCUAGCUCCGUGGAGAAAGUGUGUGUGUGUGUGUGUGUGUUAGCCUGGGGUAGCAGGACAGACCUUUUCUGGAAGGGGCUGUUCUCAUUUGUCAAAAUCAGCUCGUGAGAACCCGCUCGUUUUCGUGAGUUGGGAGGAGCUGGUGCUCAGAGUGCGGGUUGUUGGAGGAAUACUCAGAAAUGCGUGAAUAUAAAAUACCACUUUGGGGUUUCUUUUCGUGAGGAACGAAAAUUAAACGUAAAAGCCUAAAAAAUUGGUUUUGCAUAAUAGGCCCUUUAAACCGUUGCAAUGGGGAAAUGUGACAUCUGUGCAAAUGCGGGACAAAGAUUUGACAUCCAGUUGAAUGAUGAAAAGAGAUGUGCUGUGGUACCUGCUAUAUCUGCCAGUGGUUAAAAAUAUUAAAACUGCUCUGUGUAACUGCUGUGAAGUUUUAAGAUCAGUGUGUACACUGACUGUAACUAUAGCAGCAGACAGGAUUAAUGGCUUUUUGUUUUAUGAAGCCAGUUUAAUAAAGCAAAAUGUAUAACUGUU